AUGUCGGACAAUCGUCGACGCGCGCGCCGAGCGCUCGCGAGCGCGUUCAGCGCGCUCCGUCUCGACGUAGGCGCGUCCGAACGCGAUGUGAAGGCUGCGUAUAAAACGCUCGCACGAGCGCACCACCCGGAUAAGCCCGGGGGCGACGUCGAGGCGUUCCGCGCGAUACAGCGCGCGUACGAAACGAUAACGACAAAGUUUGAGCGCGAACGCGCGGCGUUGGCGACGAUGGGGACCGCGGCAUUCGGGUCGGGGACGAGGGGAGACGAGACGCGCGAGCGAGACGCGCGCCGAAGAGACGAGGUCGAGGUCGAGGUCGCGUUGGAGAUACGCCAAGGCGAAGACGGCGCUUCGAUCACGAUGGGUGGAGAUUUGAAGGCGAUCGGUGACGCGCGGUACGAGGCUGGGGAGUAUGAGAAGGCGAUUGAAUGUUACACGGCGGCGGCGGCGUACGCGAAAGUGGACGGAACGGCGGAAUACGCCGAGUUGUACCACGCUCGAGGGAUGGCGUACGCCAAACUCGAUCGCUGGCGAGAAGCGUGUGAUGAUGCCGAUCGCGCCAUCGGCGUUCGCGCUCUGUGGUUUCCUCCUUGGAUUUUGAAGGGACGCGCGCUCGAGGCGCUCGGCGCGUGGUCCCGCGCCGCCGAGCUUUAUCGCGAAUGCGUCGAUCGAGCGACCUCAAGCGAUGACGACGAAGAGUUCUCAAGCGUUUUGAUAGGGGGUUUGGCGCGGGUGGAGGCGAAGAUGCUUCGCGAAGACAGAGUAGCGUCCAUGCAAGCGCAUCGAGGUCCCGUUAUCGGUCUGGCGAUGAAGCCUUCUUCGACGAAUAUUGAGCGCGGCGGCGCGGAAACGACGAACGCGUACGUCGCCACAAUCGGUGAGGAUAACAACUUGAAGUUAUUUAGCGUUCCUCAAGGUGAGUGCUUGUACUCGACAAAGUUACCUCACGCGGUGAGUGAGUUGAAAUGGUCGCCAGAAGGCGACGGCGAGCUCGUCGUCGCCGGCGUGAACGGUUUCGUGAGUAUUUGGACAUUUAAUUUAACCGAACGAGGCGCCCCAAGCGCGUCAGUGGCGUCGACAAACGCACUUGUUGGAUUCUCUCAGUCUGUCAACGUGACCGCGAUCGACUUUGAUCGUACCGGUGAGUUCGUUGCCGCGGGCGCGAGUGACGGCUCGAUUUGCGUCUGGGACGUCGCGCACGCCACGCUAGAGCUGGUCAUCCCUGCCGGACUGAACGCGCAUAAACGCGAGAUAACGUGUUUAGCGUUUCAUCCAACGCGUGGUCGCGCGCAGCUCACCAGCGGCUCUCUCGAUGGCGAUGGACGAGUGUGGGAUCUCGUCGCAGAAGCGACGGAGACGGCGGGCGAGUGCCUGCACACGCUUCGCUGGAAAUCAGGCGCCAUCAUCGACGUGAACUACCUCUCCUGCGGUCGUCUCGUCGUCACGUCGACGGCAAUGUCCGCGUUGAAAGGCGCGUCGAGAUCUCUGAACAGACUUCUCGUGUGGAGCUCCGUGAGCGGACGCUUGUGUAAGUGGUACGACGCACACUCGAGCCGAAUCUCGUCCUUCUCCUGGCAUCCUCAUCCUGGUUCGCGUAACGUCGCCGUGACGGGUUGCGAUGACGGUGUGUUGCGUGUGUGGUCCAUUCGAGCGUCCCCGAGCGGGGCUGGGAAACCUCUCUUGGAAAACAGCGAUCAUUCAGGCGUCAUCGCGACGAUGCGAGGCGUAGACGUCGUGCGCUCGGGCGCCGUGGUCAAAGUGGCGCAUUCUCCGAUGGGUGGCCUCGUCGCUGUCGUCACACGGGAUGGUUUUUUGCGCGUACACGAUAGCGAUACAUUAGAAGCAACAUCCAGUUGGCGCGCGAGCGGCGACGGCGCGGUGACGCACGUGGCGUGGAGUCCAACGCCGAUCUCGCUUCGAUCGGGCGAGCGCCUGACCGCCGCGUCACCGUGGAUGGUCGUCAUCGGUGACGAAGGCGGUCGAGUGAGCGUCUGGCGCGUUGCACGGAGUACACAUGAUGACAGCGAUGAUGACGAGGACGACGAAGUGGAGCAGACCGAACAUAAUGAAGUCGACGUUGAUCAAACGGCGAACCGUUCGCUCGGCGGCGUCUACACGUCGCGAGACGUCAAGACUUGGUGGGACGAAAAGGAAAACACGAGCGAGGUCGCACCGAGUUGGACUGGCGUUCACGGCACAUAUCUCGGUGCCUCCGCGGGAGACAAACCGAUUUAUAAAGCGUUGACCCUGGGCGAGGCUCCUGGACAAGUGUACGAUCCGAGCCGACGCUCGGCGACGUACGUAGACUUGUCCUUGCGCGACGGUGAGACGGCGUCGUCUGAAGCAUACGACGCGAUCGAGACAAAGAUAAGCGAGCUUCAGAGUGCGCGCGCGGAGUACAUGCGCGAUGAUUCGACAUCUAGCGAAGAUAAGCGCGCGUACAGCGCUCGAUUUGCGGCGGAGAUGGAACCCCUCCGCGCGGCGCGAGCGCGAGUGUACGCCGCGCUCAGAGCUCGCGGCGAAUUUUCGUAA